GGACAGUGUAUGAAGUGUGUGUGAAGAUACAUUCGAAAUUUCAAAUUGUUGACAUUUUGUAUGGGAUUUUCGUCUGCGUCGGUUUUGUGACUUUUUGAAGUACUACACUUGAAGAAUGGAUGCUGUUGAAAUCACACCGCCCAGGUCACUGCGGCGGCGGAUUAUUUUCAAUUCACAAACACCCUCUAGUAGAAGGCAACUGGAAACCCCAAAAAAUCCUGGAAAUAGUCCCUCUGCAUUCACUCCCAGCAAGAGGUCAGAUGUGUCAGCUUACUCGUCUCCUGAUCGAUAUAGCUCUCCUCCCCACUCUCCACGUUGGAUACUGGAUACACCUCCGAAAAUUAGUGGCUCUCUGCUUUCUUCACCAAGUAAAUUUCUGGAUGACAAUAUGCCCUCCCGAAUGUCCAGGUUUGACUCAUUUCUCAAUUCACUCUCCCUAAGACAUUCGUCAAAAUCAGAUAAGAAAUGUUCACCAAAAGUAAAAGUUUUAGAUUGUGAGAGAGCGGAUGUCUCUGCAGUGCAACCAAUGAUCCUUGACAAAAACAAGUCUGACAUAAAUGGUAGUAGCAAUAGUGGUGAAGUGGAAGUACCUGUUAAACAAAUAAAAUCAGUGAAGUACCUGAGCAGUGACAAUAAAGAAAAUGAGGUCUCAACAAGUAAAACUAGAAAUUCUGAUCUUUUCAUUCAACCCACAUCAUUCUAUAAAUCAACCAGAGCAGAAAUCAAUAACAAAGAAUCCACAAUUACUGAAAAUAAUAUCGCAAGUAAUAAGUUUACUUUCUUUGGAGGCGUUAAAAGAAGUCGCUCGUCAAGUAUAGAAACUACAAAAAGACACCGCAGCACAAGUUCGAAUAAGCCAAAAGCAAAGAAAGCAAAACUAUCAAAGAGAAUGAGGCUUGGAGAAAUAAAUGUAGGUGUAAGACAUGGUAUUAAAAAACCUAAACCUAAGAAAAAAAGUGUGACAAUAAAACCAUUCCCGAAGAUACCAAAAAUUAUGCCAAGUGACAGAAUUAAAGCUCUCUCUGAUACUCCGUUGGUGAAGCAGGGUUCACAACAGCUACUAAGGGGAGCCCCCAGCACAGCUUCACAGAGUUCACAAAUUACUCCCACAAAAAAGAUACCAUCUCCUAAAAAAAUUCCAACUCCUCCUCCAGAUCCUACAAAGAAAUUUUUUAAGACCAAUCGAACAUUGCAUAUCAGCAAGAAGGCAACAGUGACAAUGGAGAACAAUGUGAAGGUGGAAGUGAGGCAUGGAAAAUUUCUUCUUCCUAAGAAGGAAAUAAAAAAACAAAGCACAGUUUUGAAAGGCAACCCUUCAGCACAAAAAAGACCGAAUAUCAUUUUUGAGCCUAUGGAUGUUGAUGAUACACCACAAGAUAUGCUUCAAGACAAAGUCAGUGAUACUGUUAAUGCUAUCCUUGACUGCCUUGACACAGAUGGCCCCAAAGAGGCAUGUGGCACAGAUAUUCAAAAUAUUACUGUUGCUGAUGACUGUUUGGAUGUAACUGAAAACCAUAUUGCUUCUUGUGCCUUAAAACAACAGCCAUCUGCUAGGCAACAAGAAAAUUUAAAUGCUGGUGCCAUUUUGAGUCCACAAGUUAUAGAAAACUUAGAAUUGGAUACUACCUCCAGUACUUUUGCAUGCACAACACCCAGCAGUAUUACAGGCCUACAGGUGUGUGGUAAUGAGGGGGAGGUUGGAAUGCAGGCCAAUUGCACUAGUGCUUCUGUUGCAACUCAGAAUGUGGAUAAAGAAGUUAAAUUGUAUCCAAUUUUCUAUCAGGACCACACACAGAAGUAUAGCAGUAUGACACCAGCUUUGAAAAAGGAUCAUGCCAGUAGGAAAAGAAAAUGGCAGAUGGUUGGAAAUGAUCAGUACCAAAUUGAUGCCGGGCAGAAGAAAUUUGGAGCAACUCAAUGCAAAGAAUGUGGUAUUGUUUACCAACUUGGAGACUGGGAAGAUGAGAUGGCCCAUGAGAACUAUCACAAUAAUGCAUCUGCUCUUAAGUUUUGUGGCUGGAGAGAUGAAAGGGUAAUAUGCGUUUAUGGCACAGGAAGAGUAAUUGUUGUGUACCCUGAUGACAACAAAAUGUGGUUAAAGAAAGUGAAAGCUGUUAUGGAAGUUGCUAAUCGUGAGACUGGCUACCUUGAUGUCAGCUGUACACACAAGUAUUUGGAAAACAGCAAGGUGUAUAUGUUUGUAAACCAGAAGUCUGUGCUUGGUAUUCUUGUUGCUGAACCAAAGAAAGAAGCAUAUAAAAUGAUCUCCAUAGAAGGUGUUGACUGUUGCUCUGCAGAAACGUACCCAGUUUGGUGUGGUGUCAGCCACAUUUGGACAGCUCCCAACCAUCGCCGCAAAAAGGUUGCCACACGUCUAGUGGACUGUAUGAGGAUGUCAUUUGUGUUCGAUCACUUCCUGGAAAAAGAUGAGUUCGCUUUUUCAGUGCCAACUCUUUCUGGAAAGUCAUUCGCAGAGAAUUAUACUGGAACACCUAACUUCCUUGUCUAUUCAUGAAACAGAGCAAUGAUUUAAAAGGAAUAGUGUUGCAUUGUUUAUUUAUUGCUUUAUAAAAUUGUUUAAUUAUUUUUGACUCUGCAUUUAUCAUAUUGUGGCCUUGACUGCUCAGAUAUUAGUAGUAACACUGUUUUUAAAGAGUUAAGCUGCAGUAAGUAGAACUUAAUUAGAACUUCAUUGUUGCAACAUUUUUAUUUUAAUGGUGGAUAUUGCAAAGUGAGUACUUCCAUUAUUUGACUUUUCGUGUGCAUUGGUGUCUUCUAGAAGGUACUUCAUUACAAACAAAUUGUACAUCUCUGAUAGACUCCCACUUCCUGUAAAUUUCGAUCAGUUGACCUUACUAAAAUUUUGUGCUACAUAAUAUAUGUAAAAAAGUGGAUCAAAUUACAAACAAAAGUGUGCACGAAAUAUCCCAUGUUGUUUAUUUGACUUGUACAAAAUGUAUUUGUUGCUGA